AUGACCUACCCUGAUAAAGUUACGGUAUAUCAUAAGCUGGUUCACGAUCCGACAUCCCCUGAUGCACCCCGUCAUGGGUUCUAUCUCCAUGCGAUGAUAGUCUCCGAGGCUCGCCAACGGCCCGCUGCCCGCGUUUCCGAGGACCUGGUCAUCUAUGACUACAAGGCAAUCAAGAAGGCGGAGCUUCCGCCGUUUGUCAUGGAACAGUUCAAAUCCACCUGGGAUCUUCAAGAGAAAGCUAAGAGAUAUUGGCAGGAGCGCAUCCUUGAUAUAGAAACGAGGGUCCGUACAUUGGAAACAGAGAGCUGGGACCGGGAAGAUGCGGUCGAGGAUACCGGAUCUGCGAAGCAGUGA